AGACCAGAUUGCCAGAAAUGGAUGGUUGAGGUAUAUGCCAAAUGUCGAGAUCUGUUCAGUACGGAUCCGAUGCCCAUGUGGGAACCAGAUGUUAAUGAUACCCCUGCCGUCUAUAAGGCGGAUAUUAAGGAAAUGACUUCUCUAGAUUGCCAUAAGCUAAAACGUGAGUUGGCCAAUGAAGUAGCCGAAGAGGAUGAUGAUUUUGCUAUGAACAGAAUCGUUGGUGUCCUUCUAGCCUUUGGGGCAAUCGUUAUGCUUAUCAUCCUUCUGUGCAGGAUGAAGCGUCGUAAGAAAAUAUCUGAUGUGCCUCCAAAGCUCGAACCAGAGAAAGCUCCUCCAAUUUUGUUUCGCAGAAAAAAAAGAACUAGAACUGCCGAUUGCAAGAGCUGGAUGCGUAGAAAAUGUCGACCCAUUUUUCUUCACAAUGAGGCCCAAAUAAGACAGUACAAGGAGCAUGCUGAAAAGGAGUUAGCUUUUCAUACGGAACGAACGAAGAAGAAGAUUACAAUGUGGACGAAGGCCCGGGAACGGGAUGCCCAAAAGAAAAUUGAUAAACAGCAACGAAAUGCGGAAAAGGCCGCUAGAAAAAACCAGAUAUAGAAAUAUAUAACUGCAUCGGUUUUAAUAUAUUUUUAAAAGACAA